CCGUUUGCCGUGUAGUAGGCUACGAUCUAACGCCGGUACACAGACCAGCUGGCCUGCUCAUACGCACACUUUGAUGAGGCACAGUAGUCACCUGCCAUCUCCGAUUGUUCCAUUCCGAUAAGGCUGUGUAGUGUCGUGACCUAGACACGCUGGUGUGUGCUCCAUCGUUGUCCGUCCCCAAGUGUGCUCAAGUGGGCAACUAAGACAUAUCGAACACUUAUCGAUCGCUCUACUCGUAAUCGAACUUGCCACCACGCCGCAACACACAAACACAAACACGUCAAUUGCAUUGUGAUCGGUGGAUAUGAGCGGAGCUUUCCAUACGCUGGAGAGCGUUUGAUUUUACAUUGAGUUAGUUUGCCUUUCGCUGCUCGUCCGCCCGGUCAAUUGCUCGGGUGUGCUAAUUGAUUGCUAAAUGACACAGAUACUCAUAUGCGGAUGAUGGGAAAGGGGAACCGGUACAGCCAGCCUGACUGAUUGAUGUGCGAACAUUGUGCACAUCCCGAAGGUUGUAUGCUGAUGACAUUGUUGUUUCUUUGAUUCAACCUUUGCACAGUUGCACAUGCCUAAUGAUCGCAUGAGAUCGCCAUGUCAACAUUAUUCCAUGAUUGGGAUAAAAAAAAACAAAUUCAUUUGUAUUUUGCCUGCGUAUCUACAAAAAUAUGGGCAGGUUCGGUAGUCUUGUGUUUGACACGCCAACGGACAUUAUACGGAAUAUGUAGGUGAAACAUAGUAGCGUUAUAGUAAACUUUACUGGUACCUGCAUAGACUUUUGUGAAGAAACGAAGAUCCAAAUUGAUUCACGAAGAAUAAAAAAAGCCCGCGAUCUUGCAAGGAAGUAGUGGUGGGAACUCGGAAUUAGACCUACCCGAUUGCAAUUCCAUGUUCGGAAUCAAUUCCUAAGACGGUUCCGAUACUGGAAUCGAUUCCGAUUCCGGAGUCGGCUUCGGAAUCAGAAUCGACCUGAGAAUCGCAAUACCGUAACAGGAUUGACGCCAGAUAUGGAAUUAACUCCGGAAUGAGAAUGAGCUCUGGAAUUGAAAUAAGCCAACGCAACAAAUGCCUAUUCUUAUAGAGAUGCCAAAACCGACUCUGCCAGUUCCAGAGCCGAUGCCAAUUCCGGAGUCGAUUCUGAUUCCGGAAUUUUAUUCCGGACCUACUAUUCGGAAUCUAUUCCAGAAAACUUUGGAGCUAGCCGGAAUCGAUUCUGAUGAAAAUUUCAUUUUUCCCAUCACUAGAAUGAAUCCCAAACUCUGUACUAAUUUUGCUCUGCGUAAACAAUGCAUUACAUGAAUGCGUGCACGAUUUGUAAUUGUCAAAUUGUCUGUAAGUAGUCGCAAUCAUGUUACCGUAAUCAUAGUUAACCGUGUAAUAGACCAAAUUUAAUUGCAGAAUGUGUUCUCCACUACUUACACCCCUGCGUAUAUAAACGCACAUGUUAAAUAUUGUUACUCGAGUUUCAUUUUAAAUGUUGUGCAGAGCGUGCCGGCAAAAUGAAAUUUGUGCCGUUUUGGUACUUUGCGAGUCUGCCUUUUUGUUUGUUCGUAUUAAACACCGUACACUGUAACCAGCAACCGGUCCCUGUGUACUAUCCCAAUCGAAUCGUUUUCGCGAAUAAUUCAAAAUCGUUCACCGUACGAGUGACACGGUUCGUCUGCACGGAGACGCCAUAUGAAGUGUCGGAACUGGUGCAGUGCAAAACUGUGCUACGGAGAAAUAAACCAACAUUUUUCAACUUGACAGUCCAAGUGCCCAACGUGCUGAACCUGCUUUACUUCCAGGUGAAAACAUUCUAUCGGUUGAACGAUUACCAACCCUUUCCAAUCAGCAUAAUUACGGAAGUAUGUAGUUAUUUGCGUAACCCAUCGGACGACGUAUUUUCCCGCCAUCUUAUGUCUGUGUUUUUCGAAACUAUACCACAUUUACUGUACUACUGUCCACAUGGGAACACAACGUACCAUGCCGAAUACUGGCUUGAGGAUAAGUUCUUUCCCAAAUCUAUGCCUGCUGGUGACUAUCGGCAGGACGUUUGGUUUCGCGAUGAACAGAACAAGACAAUGUUAUCCUAUCAAGCUUUCUUUUCUGUUCGCCGAAACGGUAUAUGGCGUUCAAUGCUCGAGUGGUAGUUAUGCUAUCAAACGAUUUUUUAUAAACAUUCGAUAAACAAUUCAACACGACCAAUUAGAUAUGUCAGAUAAUACAAUUGAUCAGAUCAAAUCAGAUCCGAUCAAAUGUCAAGAAGAAUGUAUAAGUACACUUCUCAAUAAAGAUAUAACAAUAACACACCCUCAUCAUUGGAACUGAGUAUCAGUCUUAUUCGAGUGAUUUGUUCUUAGUUUAGAUUAGUUUCGUUUAGUAUCUUUGUAUGCGCCGUCUACUAAAUUCAACAGACGAUAUCUAUGAGCCUGGAAUGACGAUAAAAGAACUGACUUCACUGUUAAGUGUUCGAAAUGCGUCCAACAAUAACAAUAUAUAAAUGUUCUGUUCGUUAUCUAAUGUCUAUUGUAAACAAAAUUUGACUCGAGAGGGCUUUAUAGUCCAUCGAUUAAUAAAUGCUAGAAAGAACACAUUAUUUUAAUUGAUUUUACUGAGAGUGGUGAUGCUAUUUUGUAUGAGCUGUGAUGAAUAUCAAAAAGAUUUGUUAAUUGUCAAAUCAACCUGUAGUUCAACCCAUAAAGUAAAUAAAUACGCAAUAUAACAUAUUUCACUAUCCCAAUAGGAGCGUGAUCCGCACAGCGAUAAUAUACUAACAGGCAACAAAACACCCACCAAGAUGAAACACAGCACAGUUUUCAGUUUCAGCUCUAACCCACAUUCACAGACAUAGAUUGGGUAAAGGUUAGAGUUUAUGGAAAGA